ACGAACUUAGGUCAGAGUUCGGGCGGGAAACCUCACUGUAGAAGUAGAAUAGUGUAGAGUUUGUCAGUGAAUGCAGAUGCAGACGCGUUGUGUUCAGUGUUCACCGUGAUUAAUGCUAUUCCAACUUUAGUGGAAGUUUGAUAUUUGACAAAAUUUAUUUGCGAGACAUAAUAAUACGACGUUCAAAUGUGUGGUGACUCACCGUCGACAACUCACUCAACAAACAACUAAAUUGUUUAGAACAAGAACGUUCCAGUUAGUGAACGAAAGUACUUCAAAAUGGGUGGUCAAAAGAACGCAAAAAAGAAGAAUGGUCAACAGAAGAAAGAAAAAAUUGAAAAGGGUGCAAAAGGUGCAAUCGUUUCUUCUGCAAUCGGUGAACCAAACAUCCAGCUACGUAAACUGUAUGAUGAACGUGACACUUUGGAACCUUCUGAAAUGUUUUCUCGACUUCCAAAUGCGACGGUUAAUCUUGGACGCGAUGGAUGGUUGCACCCAACCGACACAGAAGUCAUCUGGCUCAUACUUGGUACGUUCUGCGAUAUAAUUGGCGAUAAUGAUUUAAAGCAAAUGGCAAAAAUAAUUGAAAGCAAGAAGCUGUACAACCAAGUUAGUUUGUGCUGUACACACAUUCUGGAAAUGGACGUUGAGAAUUCUGGUAAAACUCUUAGGCUGGAACAUUUGCUAAGAGCACUUUGCAAAACCACAACCCUUUACCUUACUAUCGCUUCGAAUGCAACCAAUGCCAUCCGACCAAAUUUCUUUUUGGAUCUCUACAACUCGACAAAAGACCCAUCCAUUCAAGUUCUAGGGAUCAAACCAAGAAUUAUUGAUCGCCUCCUGUUUAUUCAUUGUAUGCUUACUGGUAGCGAAUCAACAGAUGAUUCAGGAUUCGAUGCUCAAGAACUGAUCCAUGAAGAAGCAAUAUUUGCUGAAAUUGCCGAGGAAUCCAACAUGGUCGAACCACCAGAUAACAUCGCCAACUGGGACAUUGUACCGAAUCAUUAUGAUAUUUUCCUUGAGGGUCAAGUCUUCCUUCGUCCCAACUUAUUACGCACAUCUUAUCCCGAUCUCGAAAGUUAUCAAGAUAUCCAAUUUCGUCUUCUGAUGGAAGAUUUCAUGCAGCCACUUCGGCAAGGCUUGGCUAAACUUACGUCCGGCCAGAUUGGUCCACGGGGCGUCCAGGAGCUCCGAAUUUACGAAAACGUCACCUUCAAAAGAAGUGGUCUUGUCCAAGAUCGAUGGCUUGUUCCAGAACGAGAAUCUUCCUGGCGAUUUUAUAGGGUUAAUUUUCAACGUUUACCACGAGUAAAUUGGAUCACCAGUCGACGUCUAAUUCAUGGCUCACUCGUUUGCCUCUGGGACGGAUCGGAAAUUAUUGUAGCUAGCGUCGCAAAUAGUAAUCCAGAGGAUUUGGCCAGUGGGCAGAUUAUGUUGGCGAUCGAGUCGAAAGAUGUGCCAGCAAAUUUCAUGGAAAAGACGUAUGUGAUGCUCGAAUCAGUGGUCUUCUUUGAACCUUAUCGAGCAGUCCUUCAAGUCCUGCAGAAUUUUACGUACGAUUCCUUUCCGAUGAUGGAUUACUUUCUAGGAUUUGAAAAAAAUCCAAUGCUUCCAUCGUACCUCUCGGAUUCGCCCAUUUAUGAGCUCAAGAAUUCCGAAAAAGCCACUUUAAACAUCUAUAGCUUGAUGGACUUUACUAGUUGGCCAAAUGCCGAAGAAUUGGGUCUAGAUAGGAGGCAGCGUGAGGCCUUACAAAUAGCCCUGACAAGUAGAGUUGCACUAGUGCAAGGACCACCCGGUACUGGAAAAACGUUCUUGGCUCUGCGGAUCCUUCGUUCAUUACUGGACAACAAAAAUCUGUGGCAAGGAAAAAAUGGUGGAAAUCCGUCGGAUAAAGGAAGUCUAUUGAUGAAGCUGCAGUUCACUUGUGGACCAACCUGGCGUGUAAGAAAUAAAAUUUUCUGGAAAAAAUACGGCGAAGAUUGGAGCGACAACCGCUCACCUGUCGUGGUUAUUUGCUUCACGAAUCAUGCACUGGACCAAUUCCUAGAGGGGAUACAUGGAUCGACGAAUCGAAUCAUCCGCAUCGGAAGUCAAUCCAAAUCCACCAUUUUGGAAAAUUUUAGCCUUUAUCGGAUUAAAUCCAGGGUGAUGGAGGAAAUGUCUGAUGGCCCAUACUCUGAAUCCAAUUACCUUUACUAUUUUUACAGGAUGAAAGAGAUACGAGCCAAGAUGGAAGUACAGAUUAGUUUGAUUAAUACCAAAAUGCACAACACUCAAUUUGAGAUCCUCAAAGUCCAUGAACUGAAGCGAAGAAAUAUCAUCAGUGCUGAGAUAAGUGAAGUGUUCGAAGAGGCGGAAAAGCGUCAAGCUAAACAAAAGCGCAAAGACAACAUUCUUAAAUGGUGGUUGGGAUGGUCCAACUAUCGGCAACUACUUAAGGUGUUGCGGGAGACGCGGAUUGAGAACCGAUACAGAAGUCAAGUGGCAAGAGCGGUCACAGCAAUAAAAGAGCAAAAUGUCGUUGAAUUCCUACCAGAAGACCACGAAGAACUAGACUGUGAUAACAAUGAUAUGAUCAAAGACAUAAUCGACGACGAAGAUUACACUGAGGAAUUGCGUUUGGCCAGGGAAGAGAUCAGUGAUGUAGCCUCUCCUGAACACAACGACAACGUUGACGAUGGCGAAUAUGUUCCCUGGACUCAAGCCGAAGAAGAACCUAAAGAUAUUGAAGAAAAAUUAUUUGCAGAUUUUGCCAACAACCAAAUGGAGAGAAUGCAGUACAUUCGUGAUCUUCUUUUGGCAAUGCCAUACGACGACUACCAAAUGGAAGAUUUCUCAGCGGACCAAAUAAUGUCUAUGCCGUUAAGUAAACGUUGGAUGCUGUUUGCUCAAUGGAAGAGGCUUUAUCAAGAAAUAGUUAACCAGGAUUUGCGCGAUACAGAAAGGGAUUACGAAGAUAAAAUCAAGGAGUAUAAUCAAUUGAAAGGUAAAGCUCUUGCAGCUCUUUGCCGUACUGCUGAUGUUAUUGGUAUGACUACCACUGGAGCAGCCAAAAACCGAUUACUUCUAGAAUCGCUCAAAGCUAAAAUUGUAAUCGUGGAAGAAGCUGCAGAAGUGCUCGAGUCACACAUCGUCUGUUCCUUGACGCCUGAAUGUCAACAGUUGAUUAUGAUCGGGGAUCACCAACAAUUGCGCCCUUCGGUGAACGUUCACCAACUGGCGACGAAAUAUCAUUUAGACGUGUCCCUGUUUGAACGCCUCAUCAUGGGUGGAAUGAAAGCUGUCAGGCUCGGCGUCCAACACCGAAUGCGAGCUGAGGUAGCGCGACUCAUCGUUCCAGCCAUCUAUGCCCAACUGGAAAAUCACAGCUCAGUCUAUGACCACCCUCAUGUCCGGGGAAUGCUACAUGACGUAUUUUUCCAUCAUCACACUCACCCGGAGAAAGAAGACGGGAGCAGUUUUUAUAAUCUGCAUGAAGUUGGCAUGGCGCUCAAUUUAGCUCGCUAUUUAGUGCGAGAUCAACAAGUUUCUCCGCACCGAAUUACUAUCUUGGCCACCUACACUGCUCAACUUCAUCAACUCUUGGAAUCGCGCAAGCAAUUAAAAUGUUCUGAACUGGCACAUGUCCGUAUGACGGUCGUUGAUAACUUCCAAGGGGAGGAAAACGACGUCAUAAUCUUGUCUCUGGUGCGAAAUAACAAACGCAACUCGGUCGGUUUCCUCCGCAUCGACAACCGUGUCUGCGUGGCCUUAUCCCGCGCCCGCAAUGGCCUCUACAUUUUGGGUAACAUCCGUAUGCUGUCUACUGCUAGCCCUCUUUGGGCUCAUAUGGAGAAAGUCUUAACAGAAAACGGAGAAAUCGGCGAAGGAAUUCCCCUACAAUGCGACAAACAUCAUCAAACCGUUCACAAAGUUAUGGUGCCUGAAGAUUUCCCAGUCGACCAUUUUUGUCGUGAAUUGUGUGGAGCUGAUCUUCCUUGCGGCCAUGCCUGCAAACUAGUGUGUCACAAAGACGGUCCACACACGCGCAGUUGUCUCGAAAAGGUCAUCAAAGUACUCAACUGUGGCCACAACCACUUCAUGUCCUGCUCAACAAGUGUUUACGAAGCGGUUUGCAACGAACUUGUCCCUGUAUUGAAGAAGCCGUGCAUGCACCAGUAUGAUAUCAUCUGCUCGCAACUACAAACUUUUGCCAAAACCCCAUGCCCUGUCCUUGUUUCCAAGAAAUUGACCUGUGGACACUUACAGCGAAUUCCUUGUUCGGCGCCACCCAAUUCCGCACUCUGCAAAGCGCUUAUAGAGUACAAACUGGCGUGUUCCCACAUUGCAACGAUUCCCUGUAGCCAGUCGAAAAUUCAGAGUUUUGCUCUUCAGACUUUCUGCAAGGAAUUGGUUCACAAGAAACUGUUGUGUGGCCAUUCAAAAUGGAUGAAAUGCGGUGUCAAUCCUCGGGGAAUGGAUUGCGGAAUAAUGGAUGAACGAAAGCUGGAUUGCGGCCAUAUUUCGGGAUUCGUUUGUCCUGGAAAACCGAUUAAAAUCCCUUGCCUUACUAUGGUUGAUCGUCGAAUGCCUUGUGGACAUAUGCAGAAGAGUAUGUGUUCGAAACCAGUUGAGCGAUGCCAUCAAGAAAUUGUUCGACACCUCGAUUGUGGCCACGACGUCAAAUGUCUUUGCUGGAACAAGACUCCAACCUGUACGGCCGUCGUUGAUAAGAUGCUGAUGUGUGGCCAUCUACAGCCUGUUCGAUGCAUUGACGGAAUCGACUCGGUGGUUUGCACUGUGGAAGUUGAAGUGCUCCAUCCUCUGUGUUCACACAUACAAGUGGUCCCGUGUUCAGUUGCCAAAAAUGAAAUUCAACUGCGAAGCUUCAAGUGUACGGCAGAACCAUUGAAAAUGCUGGAAUGCGGUCACGAACUUCGUCUCCCUUGUGCUCAAGAGAUCGAUGAAAGCAUCGUCUGCGAUGUAAUGAUCAAUUAUACGCUUCCGUGCCAUCACAUGGUCAUCAUCCCUUGCAAAUCGUCUGAAAUCAAAGCCCAGGAGAAAUGCAAAAUUAAAUGCGGAGCGAUUCUUGAUUGUGAUCAUAGUUGCCCUUUGCCUUGUCAUGACCGCUCGACCCCGCAUACGUGCAAACAAACCGUUAAAAAGGAACUGAGUUGCGGUCAUACUACGGAUUUGCCUUGUUUCCGGGAGACGGAGAAAGAAAUUUGCUUCGCGCCUAUGUCUAUGCAGCGUUCCUGUGGUCAUUUAUGGAUAACAACUUGUGGAGAAUUAUCUUCAUCGAACGACAUCCCAUGCUGUACAGUUGUGGAGAAACGGUUACCGUGUGGUCACUUGGCUCGUGUCAAAUGUUCUGUCCAGACUGACCAAGUUGUCUGCACUGUAAAUACCGAACAUGUACUCGGCUGUCGCCAUACGGUCCCUACUAAAUGUGGAGACUCACUGGAGAAAAGACUCAAAUUGACUUGCAGUGUUGAAGAAAUGAAAGUACUGCCUUGUGGUCACACCUGCCACUUAAAAUGCGGAUCAAAGGAGGCCAGCAAGCCAUUAAACAGCAUUUUCUGUCGGGUUAUGGUGGAAAAGGAAAUUCCAAAAUGUGGACACAAGGUCAAAGUCGAAUGUGGGAAAAAGCUGUCCAAAAACGACUGCACUUCUAUGUGUGAGAAAAAGCUGAAUUGCGGGCAUGGCUGCUCGCUUCUUUGUCGGGAGCCGUGCGCUACCAAAUCUUGUCAACAACAAGUCGAACUCGAAGGCAUUUGUCUUCCUUGUGGCCAUGGUUUGAGGGGAGAAUGUUGUCUGCGUUACGCUGAUCAAGACGUUAUUGAAGCUAAAAAGAUGGAGGUGGAAAAAUGUACUUCUUCUUGUAAGAUCAAAUUGGCUUGCGGCCACCGCUGUACUGAACGCUGUAACGAAUGUCUGGCCAAUCGCUUCCAUUCCGUCUGCGUUCAACGAUGCAAAAAGCUUCUGAUUUGCGGGCACAAGUGCGAAGCACAGUGUGGUAAAGCUUGUCCACCGUGCCAGAAACCUUGUGAAUAUCAGUGUGUCCAUCAAAAGUGCUCUGAGCUGUGCAGUGACGAAUGUACUCCGUGCAUGAAAAAAUGCGCGUGGGAGUGCCCUCAUAUAUCAUGCAAUCAUCAGUGUUUUGAAUUUUGCAAUCGGGAACCGUGUAACAAGCCUUGCCCCAAAAAAUUCUCUUGUGGGCAUCUCUGUAACGGACUUUGUGGUGAAAUUUGUCCACCCAAAUGCCCCUUUUGUGCGCGCAUCAAACUACCUAACGCAGACCGAAGAGCAAGAUACAUUUAUCUCGAGUGUGAGCACUUUGUCGAGGUGGAAGAAAUGGAUGAGUGGAUGGCCCAGAACUAUUCAAAUGAAAACCCCAUCUGCAAAAUCCAAUGCCCAUCAUGCCCACGAUGCCAGAAAGCCAUCCGACACUGCUAUCGCUACGGCGACCAAAUCAAAGCCUUUUACAUAGAUCUACCCAGCAUCAAAUGGGAUUAUGUCAAGGACGAUUCGAUGGUUGUCAACCAUAUUGAAAAAAUACGCCGAACGUUGAUUAAAUGGAAGGGAAAUGUAUCUGAACUCGAUGCACAGCUGGAAUCGAUCCUUCUUCAGGGCGUUUCCAUUCGCAGUCUUACUAGGGACCAGUGCUGGGAUCUACUUUACCGGAUGCAAUUUACUUACCUGAUGUGCUACUUGAUAAGCGACUCCAAGAAAAAGUAUGCGGCUUCCCUUGACAAGACAAAGAAGAAGGAAAUGUUUGUGCUGGCCGAGCCUUCAAUCGAACACAUUUUGGAGCGAAUCAAAACGGGAUUCCAUUUCAUGGAGAAAUACGCCAACUCUGGCCAAGGAUAUUUUCAAGACUUGAUGAAUGUGUGGAAACGUUUGGAUUUGCAUCGCCAGUACUUUGCCGUGGAAGCCCUAUCCGCUGUAGUCCCCCCUUUUCUUCGCAUUGACGCGAGGCAGUUGGACAAGGCCGCCUCUGUUCUAAGCAAGAGACAGCAAUGGACCGAGACGGAAGAAAGCGAUCUUGAAGAGUGGCUUGAUCGUAAAUCUAAUUUUUUUAGUGUUAACUUGACUAGCACGGCCAAAAAGAAGCUCAGGUGGCGCCUAGACAUGAGUGAUGAAUCCUGGUUCAAAUGCUCCCUACCCUCAUGCGAAGCCGUCUUCUCUCUUACCCGUUACCCGCAAUGUCCCGAAUGCUUGGACCAAUCCGAACUGUGUUAUUAACCAUGUCUGUUCCUUUCUUUCCAGUUUCUGUUGGAUGCAAUCCCGUGAUAAAGUUGGUAAGGCGUUGUUUUUUUUUUAAGUUCUGUUUCAGCAUUUUUCAUUCAUUUUAUUUGUUGAAGUAUGUUUCUUUUCCUCUCUAACUUUAAUGCUCUUUAAUUCAGAUUUAAUACAGAUUUUGAGAAGUACAAUUCAACUUUUUUUAAAUCUGGGUGUUCAGUUUCAUCCGACUACCUUGGAUAACUCCCAAAUGCUCAAAUAGGAAAUAAGUUGUAAAAGUCAAUGACUUGUUUUCCAUAUCCCAGAUCCAGAACUUUCUUUAUCUUGUUACCAUUUUCCUGUGUGAAACUGUUUCACGUAAUCCAAAAGUGAUUUCUCUUUUCUCCUUAGGGGUGUUAUUUUAUCUCACAUUUAUCAUGCACGAGUUUGCCUCCUGAGAGGAUUGAACUCUCGGCCUUUGGUUUACGAGACCAACGCUCUACCACUGAGCUAAGAAGGCGUGCGUGUCAAAAUCAAUUUUUGAUUUUAUCAAUUUGAACUCAUUUGUAAAUUGUGUCUAGACAGCCCUUCAUUCUAACAUGAUUUAACACAGAAUUGCUUCACCCCAUUUCUUAGAAGCCAUGCGCGGCGCAUAGAAACUGGACUGUUUAUUCUGUAAAUUUCAGCAGCAUUGAAGGAAAGAACUAGUUUUUCUUGAAAUAACAAAGGGCGAUAAAAGCUCUCCUCUUGUUUUUCCUGACAAAUGCCACUAAACGAAAGGCAUUGUGUCGCUGUGCAAUGUGCAUACAUUUUACGCUACACAAAUUUCUCAGAACUAAUAUUUUCGUGAGUUUUACCGAGCACGAGCAUACCAGCACACAAUAGCAGUCCAGCUCUUUGAUUACCAGUUUACAGUCCCGAAGAAUGGACAAAUUGGGAAAUUCAACCCAUUGGCUAUCACCCGUUCCCUCAGUCAUGAUAAGUAUCACGUGAUCAUUAAUAUACUCUUUAGAUUGGAUAACCUUGAAUCUCCCACCUCACUCCUGUAAAUGGCAAGCAGCAAGAAAAAGAUAGCGAAAUCUCCUGAUGCGAUUUGUAAAAUGUUAUGCAGUUCAACGCUAGCUGCCACCCAACACAGACAUAAUUAAAGCACGCGUCAUUAGCACACGUCAUUUGCCAUCAUGAAGAACUCUGUGAUUACCAAUCUUCUAUUGGUGGUCUGUGCGGCAUCAACCCAAAUACCGGCUCAGUGGACGAGCAGCAGCUACAUCAAUAAACCACUAAUUCUCCUAUCUGUACCUUUUCCUUAUUUGGCAAUUUUUGCAAAAUCAUCGACGGUGUCGGAGGAAACAACAACUCAAACAAACGCUAAAAAUUAUGCUCCCCGUUCUGUUCAAACGAUAUGUCCAAAGGAAUCGACAGAAAAUGCUCAGCGCUUAACAGAAAUGGAAUCGCAGAUUGAUGUAUUAAAAAAGGAAAUAGAAUUUUUAAAAACAGCGUAUGCAGGUCUUUCAUUUGCUGGGACUGAGGAAUCAUUUACGUGCGAAGGAGAAUCCAAUGUGAUAUCCUGUUCCGGUGGAAAAGGCAUUGUCGUCGAUUUCGCUAAUUACGGCCGGACAUCCCACCAUAUCUGCAUCUAUAAUGAAAAAAUUGAUGUAAUCAAUGACUGCUUCACCCCGUCGCAUACCGAAAUGGUAAGCGGACGCUGCAACGGCCAAGCUAGCUGCAUUGUGAUAGCCACCAACGAUUUUUUCGGUGAUACCUGCCCUAACGUUUACAAAUAUUUACAAGUAAAGUACCGCUGCGUUUAAAACAAUACUGGAUACUGGAAAUCAAAAAUAUUUCAAUUUUCUUUUAUAAUGAAUACAUUUUUUAAAUAAUUUGCUUUUUUUUUUGUAAGGCAGCUAAUGGCAGCAACUAGGAAUUCUAAUUCAACUUACACACCAAAAACGUAGCCUAUUUGAUCAUGUAAAUGAGAAAAAAUGGAUCAAUAACUACCUACGUCGAACUCGAACGAUAUUGAUGCAAAUAACAAGUGGUCUUACACAGAUGUUCUGAGUAAACCAAUGGCAUUAGUUCAAACAUAUUCUUAGCCUGCCCUGCUCUGUGAAGCCUAUGUCCAACAGGUCCCAGCAAGUAUUGACAGCUCAAAUAUUGUUGCCCGAAACAGAUUAGCAUAUGGCGUCUAUAACGAUAAACAGCGAAUAUAGAUUGCAACUGCUGCGUAUUCUAUAACAGAAUGCGAGGUCUAUGGUCCAGUGGUGUUUUCACUGAACCUGCACAGGUGUUGUUCGUAAUUGAAAUCGAAUGUGCUUUUCCGAACGCACUUGGUGGUAGGUAAUUUGUUUUCCAUGACUAUAGCCCUAUAUAAUCGCGGAGAAUUGUUGUGAUAACUCGUUAUUCCACUACAAAAUCCCGUAACUUCAACAGCACAUUGGGAACGUAACCGAAAAUGAUUCGAGCAGAUCCGCUUCACUUUAUUUGUCUUAUCCUAGUCAGUUCUCUUGGCCUUCAACAACAAGUUGCAAGCAAGACAGCGCUUCAAUCUGAUCGAGCGAUCGAGGAAUCGUUCACCUGUGAAUGGCAAACCAAAACUUUAACCUGCCCCGAUGGACAAGGCAUUGUAAUUGAUUUUGCCAACUACGGCCGUACAACCCACCCAGUUUGCGUGAUGGACCCGGUGCGUGACGCACCCAAUACUUGUAGCACCUCGUCUCACACCAACUUUGUCGCGACAUUCUGCAAUGGCCGGUCGAAUUGCGUCAUCCCCGCUGUUAAUUUAUUUUUUGGUGACCCAUGUCCUAACGUCUUCAAGUAUUUGCAAAUCAAAUACCACUGCGCUUGCCCAUCUGAAGUCGUCGAGUCAUUCACUUGCGAGUGGGAUUCCAGGACGUUAUCUUGUCCGAGUGGGAAAAGUAUCGUCAUUGAUUUCGCUAAUUACGGUCGCACUACUCACCCAGUUUGCGUGUUGGACCCGGUGCGUGAUGCCGUCAAUACCUGUUCAACUGCAGCGCACACGGGUAUCAUUGGCCAACGCUGUAACGGGAAAUCUAGUUGCGUCGUGCCGGCUACCAACGACUUUUUUGGCGACCCCUGCCCCAAUGUUUUCAAGUAUUUACAAAUCAAAUCUCAUUGUGCUUAAAUUUCACGGGAAAAUGGAGCGGCUUAUUUAGGGGAAAAUAUAGGGGCAUUGUACUAGGAUAUUGGUGGAAAUAAACUUCAUAUAGAACUCUAA